CCAUAGACCAAACAAGGAAGUUGAGUACCGCCAAAUGUGCGAAUAUAAAGGCACACUAACAUGGCAGGCAAUCUCUCAAUUAAAAGCAUAAAUAAUCGCAAGUAUUCCGCCGAGGAUACUGUGGAAAUAACCUCCGGUGGCUCUCUGGACACGAUACGUACAGCUGCGAAGAAGACUAAUGUGACCAGGUUGGCGUAACAGUUUACAUCAAUCGAGAAAUAAAGCAAUUCAUGUGUGGUGAAAGUUUGUGUUACGCGUUUACCAACAUUGACAGACUAUGGUCUACAGAUUGUGGCUCACCAUGGUGGACCAAGGAGCAUCUCCCUGCUGUGGAAGCCCCGUGGGCCUUGACCCUCCAGUCUGCUCUGCCGUACCUGAAAGAGGAGCAAUGGGAAGUUCCUGAUUUUCCUCAUCCAUCUAGUACGGAAGACACGUCGCAUGUGCUGGAUGAAGUUCUUCCCUUCCCUGAACCACCUCCAGCAUCUCAACGGUGUCCAGACCUCCCGGCCAGCUCUCCCCAGCAGAGCAAAGCUGGACUGGACAUUGCUGACAGAUCGCUCUCCUCUCUCAUUCAUCAAGAGCACAAGGGCAACUUUGUGACUGUACGAGCUCGCUCCGAAGAAGAUCAUGCAACUCUCGAUGCCAUCGCUGGGCCCUCACGUGUCAAAAGGGGAGGCAAAAAGCAAGAUGGAAAAGCGGAAGUGGAAAAGAGGCUCACGGUACAAGCUCAUGGCUUGGACAGUCGACCUCUGGGCAAGGAAGAAAAUAUCUUUGAGGAGCGAAUGGAGACUGAAGAGGGUGAGGGAAAGAAAUGCAGUGGCACAAAAAGUAGAGAGCAAGCUCUCGAUAAGUUGGAUAAGUGUCCGAUGUGCCUGCUGGUUUUCUCUGUUGGGGCCUCCCAGAUGGACCGUGAUGGCCACCUGGCUCAGUGUCUGUCAGAGAUGAAUGUGGACAUGAGCUGGUGAGCUCCAAGCAGUCCAGAUGUGCCACCUGCUUUCGUUGUAACAGACCUUUAUUAUGGUGAUGUGAGGAAUCAGAAGGCGGCGGUCAAGAGACAUUCAAAUCUUUUCCAUAAUUCAGUUGCACAGCGGUCAUAAAAGUGGGACGGUGAUCCCGAGCACCCAAAGCAACUCAAAGAUGUCAUGUGGUGGUAGAACAGGGACAUAUACAGAAACUAGUGAUGGAUUGAUUUUACUCUCAAUUAUUGACAACUUUAAGUCUUUCAUGCACCAAUAAUGAUAACAUGUCACCUGAUAACAUGAUAAACUGUCCACUGUAAGUAACCGCUGUCCCCGAAAGGGUUCAGAAGAAAAUAUUACUUCUGUGUAGUAAUGUUUGGGGGGUUUCUUUCAUGAAAAAAGUUAACGA